AAAAUCUAGAUAAAAUAUACCUUUAGAUAUUAUGCGAGAGCAAAAUGACAAUUUUCAGAUAGAUAUUCCUUGGAAGGUACUGUGAGGCAAGAUAAAGAAGAACAACAGAUGAAAUGGAAGUUAAGGAACGAUUGUUGUUCUACAGUCAGGAGAUAAUAAGAUGCAUCAAAGAACCAUCCGUCAUUUCUCAUCUUGAGGCAGAUUCAAUUAUACCUUCUGACGACUGUUCAAAGAUGAAGAAGAUAUUUAUAGAUGCCGAUCCUUUUAAAGCUAAUGAAAUGAUGAUCGACUGUCUUCUGAAAUCAUCUGCAAUGGGAAAAUGGAAAUCAUUACUGACCGCUUUGGAAAAUGCAGAAUAUCUCUACAUCAAGUCCUUACUGGAAACGGACGGCAAACCAAGUGUGAAAGAUGAACGCGAAAGGGCAAUUAUCCGAGUAUUCAUAUCCUACCUAGAGAAGACUAUUGAUGCAAUGGAUAUCGUUGCUGAGCUUUUUUCAAGAAAAGUUAUAAACGACACGGAUGUCGACUUUAUUCGUGCUCAGUAUCAGAAUAAAGGGAACACGUAUGCAACAAUCGUGCUUUUAGACAGAAUGCAAUGCAGACUGGCUCCAGACGAAUGGUAUUAUCAAUUUCUCGAUGUAUUGGUUCAAAAGAACCUCAAACACAUUGUCAAAGAAAUCGAGCCAGAUUUUUUGCAAAACCCCAAGCAAUUCCGAUCUUGUCAUGAAUCAGUAGAGAAAUAUGUUGACUGUGAUAAAAAAGACAUGACUGUUGAGGCAUCUGAAACGAAAGUACCUGUAUCCAUAAAGUCCGAUGACAUUCAAGAACACGUUCUUACGGAGUAUUCUAGCGUAGCUACUGACAUGGCCAGCCAUUGCAUGGUUUCAGAAAUAGACAUGAAUGACUGUAAAUCUUCUUCAAGUUCUUCUGACUUUGAAGAUGCUCUAGAAGAAAUUGACGAACACGUUUAUACACCUCAUGCUCUUGAAGGAGAUGAUAUUGAGUCACAUACGAAUGAAGCAAAAGACACAUGCAUAUCUCUGGACAGAUUUGCCUUGAACUCUUGCGUUGAAAAUACAGAUAGAAUCGAAACCUCUCAAGAUGAUAUAACAGAGCUGAAUGCGACUAUACAACUUGGAGAAAGAGCACCCCCAGAGGGACGGAACUUUGAGCCUGAUGUAACAGCUGAGAUUACAACACAGAACGAUACAGAUGUUCAAAACGAUGAAAUUCCUUUAACAGAAGAACUGACAAGCGAGGCAGAAGAAUCUGACGAUUUCAGUGACGCAGAUGAAACAACGGAGUCAAAAUCUCUUGAAGAGACAUUGUAUCCUUUCCAACACGAACUUGCAGAGAAGGCAUUAGCGGGCGAAAAUACUAUCAUAGUUGCUCCGACUGGAAGUGGAAAAACAUGGGUGGCAACACACAUUAUUGAUAGACAUUUAAAUAUGCCAACAGAAGGGGGAAAGAAAAGAAGAGUUGUCUUCAUGGCUCGCAAUGGAAUACUUGUAGAGCAGCAAAAGAACUUCAUCUCCACGCGAUUGCCUUAUGCGAAUGUCAAACACCUAAAAGGAGACACAGAUGAGGCAAUGAUGUUGAAGGCAUUUCUUGAAGAUUAUGACAUAUUCCUAUUCACACCACAAAUUCUUGUCAACAAUCUAGACACAGAUGUUAAAAGUUUGUCGGCAUUUUCAUUAAUGGUUUUCGACGAAUGCCACCAUACUAUCGGCGGUCAACCUUACAACAUGCUUAUGAAAAAGUAUCUUCUUGAAAAAUCGAAUGGAAAUAAAAAUUUACCACAGAUCAUUGGUCUGACAGCAUCUAUUGGUACAGGAAGAGCAAAAACAGAGAAAGAUGCACUUGAACACAUAUUUAAUGUGUGUGCAAGUUUAGAUGUUAGAUGUUUGUCUACAGUAGAAGAACACACAGAAGAUCUAUCAAAACAUGUCAGCGUUCCUAAAGAAGAAAAAAUAUCUAUGCAAAUGCGACCAACAGAUCAAUGUAAAAGCAUACUUUUAAUGGCAAUGAAGAAAACGCAUGAUCUUUUUGAAGAUUUAGCUGUGACGGAACCUAAAUUGAUACAAUUAAUACACAAAUGUCCAAAGAAUGUUGAAGACAAGGAAUUUGGAAAGUGGAUAGCAGAGAUAACUAAGGCAGCUGAAUCACUCACAAGAGGUCGGGGAAGAAAUAUAAUUUCCUGUGGAAAAUAUCUUCAAAUUUACAACAAUGCUUUAGAGAUAAACAGGCUACUGAGAACUACUGAUGUUGCUCUCUACCUUGCAAAUCAACUCGCGGAAGAAGCUGAACACCCAGAAACCUUUACAAGAGAAGAACAACGUCUGUUUGAUGCACUGAAAGAAAUACAAAAAGACUUGAGAAGAGUGGAAUCUGACAAUCCAAACGUACAUGUCUUAAGCAACAUUUUAUCAAAUCUCUUUGCUGGAAAGGAAGCUGAUGCUAACUCAAGAGCCAUGGUUUUCGUUCACGCACGGGCAACAUGCAGAGCUUUAGCAGAUUUUCUCAACGAAGAGUUAGAGUCUAUUUAUGUAAAAGCCAGUCCUCUUACAGGAAAAGAAACCAGAGGAAUCGAUAAAGGUAUGACUGAGGAAGACCAAAUUCAACUAUUGGAGGAAUUUAGGGAAGGUGUUUUCAAAGUGCUAGUUGCGACAUCAGUCGGAAUGGAGGGACUAGAUGUACCAGACUGUAAUAUGACGCUAAAUUACAACUUCAACGCUGACGAAAUAACUAAGAUUCAAAUGUCAGGGCGCAGCAGGAAAGCGGACGGCAAAGCAGUUAUGAUCGCUACUAACACCCAGUUUGAUAAAGACAGAGUAGUUAUGUACAGAUUGAAAUUGAUGACAUGGGCAGUUGCAACUUUCAAGGGUUUGGAUGCUAAGUCUAUCGAUAGACAAGUAAUUUCUUUGCAGAAGAAAAUGAUGGAGGAGUACAAAUGGCAUCUACAAACUAUGGAGCUGUCAAAAAACAGAAAGUCUGAUGCAUUUGAUUAUGAAAUUCACUGCAAGAAAUGUGGCACAUAUAUUUGUAAUACUUCUAAUCUCCGGAAGUUUGAUACAUCCUAUAUUGUUGCUUUGCAAGGCUUUGAAGAAAAAAUAAAAAGAGAAGAACAUGCCACAAGGGCUAAUAUGGGUGUAUUGAAGAAAAAAUUUAAGAUGUUCUGUAUGCAUUGUUCAAAAGCCUGGGGAGUGAUUGGAGUUAAAGGUGAUCUUGAAUUCUAUAUUCUAAAAUUAGAAAACUUGAAAUUUAUCUGUCAAAACACGGAAAACGAUGAUGCAUACGAAACAUACAAAAAAUGGUCAAGCAUGCCGUACAAGGUGAAGGAAAUAAGUAAUUGUGAUCUUGACCGUUUGUACCGGCAAACUGAAUAAAGACAUACAAUACAAUCUUUGUACGAAUUGAUAAUGGUAUUUUGUCAUUUCUCUAUAAAGCCACACAUUUCUUGAAAUCAUAACAAUACCAUCACGAUGAACUUAUUUAUUUAUUGGAUUAAACUUAGACAUUUAAGUAUUUUAAGUAUCAGGAUAAUGGCAUACCUUUUUAAAAUAAAAAACCGUCUGAAAACAUCAUUUCGUUUUUAAUUAGCAGGUGUUAUCUCAUAUCUAUUGAACAAAGUGUUUUUAAAGCUUAUCCUCUUACAGCAAUCGUGUUUGGUCAAUGUACACACAAUACCACUGUAUAUACAAAAUUGUGUUUUAUCUGAGCUUUACAAUUGAUGUAUAUGGUUGUUUUCACCUUUUGUAUAUUUUGGUAAAUAAAAUUUGAUUUGUUGAUUGAAUAA